AAGUGGCUUGCUAGUGCGUGGGAGAAAUGUGAGGUUAGGUGGUUGACCAGGGAUUACAAAACUUCCUCAAAUGUGUUUUUGGAGCCUAAAUCGAUAAAAUUAUUAUUCAGUGAAUUGUCCAAAAUGACCAGGAGUUUGCUGUUGAGAGUAUAUUCAACGUAUAGGCGGAAUUUAUCCCUGAGCAAUCAACUGCGACUCUUCACAACAUCCAGGAUCCAAAAUACCCCCAAAGAUGACCAGAAACACCGAAAUAGGACCAAUGACACCUCAUCAUCUACCUGGAGAAUAUAUGGCAUAGCCCUGGGAAUAAUUUCCAGUGCGAUAGGAAUUGGCAGUUACCUGAGAAAAAGAGAUGACGCAAGCAUCUUUCCGGCCGUUCUGGCAGCUAUCAAAAUGCCUCCUUCUGGCCGCCGGAAAGAAUUCAAUGUGAUUGCAGAUGUUGUAGAUAUAGCUGCUCCUGCAGUGGUAUACAUCGAGAUUAAGGAUACCCGAAUAUGUGACUUCUUUUCCGGACAACCUCUGACAGCCUCAGCUGGAUCAGGAUUUAUCGUAGACCCAGACGGGCUGAUCCUCACAAAUGCUCAUGUGAUCAACAAACCCUACAGCAGAGUCCAGGUGAGACUUGCAGAUGGGAGAACAUUUCCAGGAGUCGUUGAGGAUGUGGAUUCCGUGUCGGAUUUGGCAACUGUGAGGAUAUCCUGCAAGAAUUUGCCCACAAUCAAACUCGGAGAGUCUUCAAAUCUCCGAGCAGGAGAAUGGGUGGUAGCCCUGGGAAGUCCUCUAACUCUGAGUAACACUGUCACCGCCGGAGUGGUGAGUUCAACGCAGAGAGCAUCAAAAGAAUUAGGCCUAAUUGGCGAUAUCAACUACAUCCAGACAGAUGCUGCCAUCACCUUCGGCAAUUCCGGUGGUCCCCUGGUCAAUCUCGAUGGAGAAGCGAUAGGAAUCAAUUCAAUGAAAGUCACUGCCGGGAUUGGUUUCGCUAUCCCAAUCGACUACGCUAAGAACUUCCUCAAUCGUGCGGAGCAAUAUUUCUUUCCAUUAAAAAACCAUGAGUGA